AGUGUGUUUCUGAAAUUCUGACAGCACGCAUGGUGACAUGCAGUGAUAUGAUUGUAUACGUCAUCGUAGAAUUAAGUUAAACAAAGUACAAAAAAAUAUAAUUAUAUUUAAAUAAAUUCUAAUUAUCAUUUUUUUUUCUAAUAAUUUUUGAGUAUAGAAAUAUUAGCAAGUGUUUUUUAAAAUAAUUAUUUUUAUCACAAUGAUGGAUGAAAUAAAUUUAAGAGUUUUAACUCUCAAUUGUUGGGGCAUUCCAUAUGUGUCAAGUAAUCGAAGACAAAGAAUAAUUGCAAUUGCUGAAAAGCUAUCAUUUGGUGAUUAUGAUGUUAUUUGUCUUCAAGAAAUAUGGUGUAGAAAUGAUUAUAAAAUAAUCAGAACAAAAACACAAGAAACAUUACCGUAUUCACACUAUUUUUAUAGUGGAGUUAUUGGUUCUGGUGUAUGCUGUUUUUCAAAAUAUCCAAUUCAAGAUGUAAUGUUUCAUAAGUGGUCCCUAAAUGGCUAUGUCCAUAAAGUUCAUCAUGGUGAUUGGUUUGGUGGUAAAGGAGUUGGCUUAUGUAGACUUCGAAUUAAUGAUGCAAAUGUCAACAUUUACAAUGCUCAUCUUCAUGCUGAAUACAACAGUGAAAAUGAUGAAUACUCAGCUCAUAGAAUACUUCAAGCAUUUGAUAUGGCACAAUUUAUCAGAAUGACUGAACAAGGUGCUGAUGCUGUUAUUCUUGGUGGUGAUUUAAAUACUGGACCUCAAGAUUUAGCAUAUCGUAUUAUAAAAGGUGUUGCUAGUUUGGCUGAUGCAUGCUCAAUUAUUCAUAAUGAUAUUGGAACAAGUGAAUGUGCCAAUAAUAGUUAUACAUCAUUAAAAGUUGCUAGUAAAUUACCACAAGGAAAACGUAUUGAUCAUAUAUUAUAUUCAGGCUCAAAAAAUUAUAUGGUUCAAAUUGUUAAUUGUCAACAACCAUUUCCUGAUCGUGUACCAAAUAAAAGUUUUAGUUUUUCUGAUCAUGAAGCUGUUGUUGCUGAGUUUAAAUUAACAAGAGGGACAUAUCAAACUUUAGAAACAGACGUACGUGAAUCAUUAAAAGAAGCAUUAAGUAUUUGUGAAAAAUCAUUGAGAGAUAUUAAAAGACAGCGUAUAUGGUACUUACUGAUAAGUUUGUUUAUUGCAAUUCCACUUGUUUGGUCAAUGGGCUUUGAGUCAACGGCCAGCUCAAUUGGAAUUGGUAUCAGUAUUGCAUUGAAUAUUGGGCGUCUUUUAUCAACAGCUAUUUUAUGUUACUCUUUAUUCAUGAGCUCAAUAUGGAAUUGUGUUGAAAAAAAUGCCCUCAAAGCUGGAUAUUUGGCUAUGGAAAUACGCCUCAUGCAAUUAAACAAUCAUAUUAUUAAACGUUAAUGAUAAUGAUGAUUUUUUUUUUUCAAUAUUUAAAUUAUAUCAUAAACAAAUUAUUUGUUUAUGAUAUUAGAUGCAUUUAUUAUAGCAAAUUGAUUAAUUUAGAUAGCUCAUAUUUUUUAAUUAAUUUUUAAAAGUAUUUUUUUUUUUCUUUUUUAUUUUAAAUUUAAAAAAAAAUACUUUACUUGUUAAACAAGAAUUAUUUUUAGUAGAAAAAAUAAUAAUACUGUGUAUUAUAGAGAAAAAUUUUUUAAAAUAUAAUUUUACAAAGCUCAAUAUGAACUAAAUAAUAAUAUAUUAUCAUUUUUGAUAAUUUCACAUUUCAAGUGUUUGAAACAUCACCCAUAUAUUUUAUAUUUGAAAAAUCGUGUUUACAAAAAAAUAAAUAAAUUAUGAGUCAUAAAAUAUGACUCAAAAACCUUCAAAUAAACUUGUUUUUUUUUUUUUUAUUAUUUUUAAAUUGAAUGACACAAUAAAAUUGUCAUAAAUUUGUAUUCAAAAAAUGUAUUAAAUAUUUGCAAUAAAACAAAAAUAAUAUAUUA